GAAUGUUUUUAAAACUCGAGCGGUUACGGAGGAAGGGGAGAGGACGCUUUGCCAGAAGCAUUCUCCUCCUUCCAAAUUCUCACCAAAACACUCUGUACCAAUCCUCACUCUGUCGCAAUCCUCUUCCUCUCCUUCGCCGUUGCAUGCAAUGCGGCGGAUAUAGAUAACUCUAUAGCUUCGUGAUUCGGCUUUUCCGAUCACCCGGUCGCCGGCGGGAGCAUUACGUUUCAGGCCGUAUUAUUCGUUCUUCCAUUUCUAUUGGGGUUGUGAUUGGAAGGUCGAAAUAGCGCUGGGGAUGGGGAUAUAUGAGCUUAUCAAGGAUGAUGGUUGCGCGAUUGCCGAUCCUAGUAAGAAUCUUCUUGCUCUCGAGGAGGGUUUUGCUUCCAAGCAAGUGGAGGAAUCCGGUGAACUUUUGGCGGGGAAAGCGCUCAAAUCUUCGAUUGGUGGUGCCGUCCCGCCCGUCGAGACAAUUGUCAGUGAUUUCGGUUGCUCUCCCUCGUCAGCCGCGAGGAGUCCUCGUCUUGUGUCGCUUGAUGUUUUCCGGGGAAUUACUGUGGCGCUUAUGAUUCUCGUAGAUGAUGCUGGUGGUUUUUGCUCUGCCAUCAAUCAUUCCCCGUGGAAUGGAGUAACCAUUGCUGACUUUGUUAUGCCAUUCUUCUUGUUCAUCGUUGGUGUUUCUCUGGGACUUACUUAUAAGAGAGUUUCCAAUCGAAAAGCUGCAACUAGGAAGGCUAUAUUCAGAGCACUGAAAUUGUUCGCUGUAGGCCUAUUACUUCAAGGUGGCUAUUUUCAUGGUAUUCACAGUUUAACUUUUGGUGUUGAUUUACUGCAUAUUCGCUUCAUGGGAGUACUUCAGAGAAUAGCCAUCGCCUAUCUCCUGGCAGCAGUAAGCGAAGUGUGGCACAGAAGUGAUGUCUUGGUGGAUUCUGGAUAUUCCCUGAUGAAGAAAUACAGAAUACAACUGUUUGUUGGAGGUCUGCUAACUUCUACCUACUUAUUCCUUCUAUAUGGCUUGUUUGUUCCUGAUUGGGAUUACCAGAUACCAUUGCAGGAUGGCAUGUCCAAGUUUUAUUCAGUUAAAUGUGGAGUCAGGGGUGAUACUAGUCCCGCUUGCAAUGCUGUUGGGAUGAUCGAUCGAAAAAUAUUGGGCAUUGAUCAUCUAUAUAAACGGCCAGUUUAUGGAAGAACAAAGCAAUGCAGCAUCGACUCUCCUUUUAGUGGCCCUCUUCCAGCUGAUGCUCCAUCAUGGUGUGAAGCUCCCUUCGAUCCCGAAGGACUCCUCAGCACCAUUAUGGCUGUUGUCACUUGCUUGAUCGGGCUUCAGUUUGGGCAUGUUAUUGUGCACUUUAAGCAUCACAAGGACAGGAUCUUUCAAUGGAUGAUCCCCUCCUCCUGUCUUCUCGCAUGCGCCUUCUGUCUUGAUUUUGUUGGAAUGCAUAUGAACAAAGCUCUGUACACUGUCAGUUACACCUGCGUUACAGCUGGUGUAUCCGGACUUCUCUUGGCUGGGAUCUAUUUGCUGGUUGAUGUAUACGGCUUCAGGAGAUCAAUGCAGGCAAUGGAGUGGAUGGGAAAACAUGCUUUGGAGAUAUACGUUCUACUGGCAUGCAACAUACUGCCCAUUUUUGUUCAGGGCUUCUACUGGAAGGAGCCUAGAAAUAAUCUGUUGAACUUGAUUGGGAUUGGAUCGUAAGUAUGUAUUUAUGGAGAUCCGAACUGCACCGGAUAUAUAAUUAUUAGCUGAAAGGAACUCCUGGACUGGAAUCUGGCAAUGGUAGCCGAUUGUGGAAGCUAAUGUGGCUGUAGCUCAGUUUAGCUCAGGGCUAUUUAAGUGUGUGGAUACUAUCAUAUUCACUCCUUUGAUAUUUUUAUUUAUAUCUCUGCUCUGGCUUGCUGGGUAGUGGGUACCAUAUGCGCUUAUGCGACUUUGUAAAGUGCUUAUGGGAAAGCGAUUUACUACAUUAUGUUUUACUCAAUAAAUCAGUAUUAUAUAAUAUUUGCAUUUCUCCA